AUGAUCAAAAGAGACCAGCUCCACAGUCUUUUCAGGAAAACACGUGAUCAUUAUGAUUGGCUUAAUUUCAGAGAGGCCCGCAAUUUUACAAAAACCGCACUUGUUAAUGCACAGAAAGAAUAUGUACUGAAGGAAGUUCAGCAACACAGAAACAAUACUGGGUCACUUUGGAAGGUAAUUAAAGAAAAUAUAGCGGAUAGGGAAAGAGAGUCGGUGGUCUACAGUAAGGAACCGAAAUUAGUGGCCGAAGAGUUUAAUCAUUUCUUUUCCACCAUUGGUGUGAAUGCAGCAAAGAAAGCCUCAACCCUAAUACAAGAUCCUAGUGUUUAUCCAGCUCGGAAUCUUUCUGACGUAAAUCGCACAGAUAACAGCUACCCUGAAGAAAAUGAUAGAUUUAGUUUCACCCCAGUCUCUUGUUCAGAAAUAAGGAACAUCAUAUUAGCUAUGCCGUCAAACCAAUCACCCGGCAAAGACAAAGUGAGUAUGCGUGUCAUCAAACACAGCCUACCGGUAAUUCUUGGGCCCCUCACCGAUAUCAUUAACUGUUCACUGUCGUCAUCUUCGUUCCCUAUAGCAUGGAAAGAGGCAGAAGUUAUCCCUUUGUUAAAGGAUGGAAACCACGAGGAAGCAUCAAAUAACCGCCCACUUUCUCUCCUUACCUUUCUUUCGAAAAUUUGUGAAAAAGUCGCCUUGAAUCAAUUUGGUUCGUAUCUAACGAAGAACAAAAAAUUGUCAACCCACCAGAGCGGGAACAAGAAACAUCACUCAUGCGAAACAUUGAAUCUUUUGACCGGAGAUACUAUCCUAAAGGCCAUGGAUGGGAAAUUGGUUACUGCACUGAUUCUAAUAGAUCUAUCUAAAGCUUUCGACAGUGUAAAUCAUACUUUUCUCCUUACAAAACUUAGCAACGUCGGGGCUUCUCCAAGCGUUGUAAAAUGGUUUGAGAGUUACUUGACCGGAAGAACUCAAUCAGUCAGAAUUGGAUUUACUGUGUCUACUCCUCUCCCUGUUUUUUAUGGUGUACCACAGGGUGCAAUUUUAUCACCUUUACUUUUUAGUAUUUAUACUAACGAUUUGCCCUCAUCAGUCCACCAUAGUAAACUUGAAUCGUACGUGGACGACUCCAAGAUAUUACUAUCUUUCACUGUGGCUAACGCGGACUGUUUAAAGCAACAACUUGAGGAAGACUUGUAUUUGAUUGCAAACAGUUGUUCCGAAAAUGAAUUGCUUAUUAACCCGGGAAAGACCAAAUACAUGCUGAUUGGCACACGGCAAAACCUACAACAACUUCCCGUAGAUAUGACCAUAAACUUCCUCAACGAGACUAUUACCCAAAGAUCUAGGAAUGACAAUCGACUCUUAUUUGACAUAUGA